AUGGGGGGCGGCACGGAGGAGCCCGUGCCAGAGCACGACCCUUUUGACGUCCCUCAGCGCCGCGAGGUGCGCUCGCCCAGGUCGCGCGGCGCGGGCAACAGCGGCGAGGAGGAGGAGCAGUUCGAGGAGAACGUCAAGGAGGCGCACGACAUCAUCGCCCAGCUGGAGACCCUCGUCAACAAAAUGGAGACCAAGCGCCACACCAAGCGGCGCACCGCAAGAGCCAGCCGCUCGCGCGACUCCACGCCCGCCGACAGCAAGGCGCACAUCAACGCCAACCGAGGCAGCAGCAGCGAGGGCAAGGGCAAGGAGCGGCAGGGCAAGCCCUACGCUGUCAGCCCUUCGGCGCUGCUGGGGGGUGGUAGCCGAGGCACCACCACCACCAUCACCACACAGACCAGCGGACCCAAGCUCAUCUCCCUCCCGCCCGGCGGUGCCGACAAGCCGAUCGAGUUGAACGGCAUGCGCUACAACCCGGACAGGAAGGUGUGGGAGGGCGGCAAGGAACUGAGCCCUGACGACGACGGCGCUUUCGAGAGCGACGAUGAGAGUCAGGGUGCGAGCAACAGUGGCAACAAGAGCAACCUCUCGAUCGACGCGCACCACCGCCAGCCGCUGCGCAAGUCGUCGCCGCACAAGGCCGCGCGGGCGCUGCGCGAGGAGGACUACGUGCUCGAUGACACGGGCGAGUGGAUCAAGCGGGACCUGGUGGAGCCCACCGAGAAGGAGAAGUCCCAGCCGCGGCUCUUCCUCAUUCGCUACCUCAACCCGACCAACCCCGUGGCCGCCAGCAAGAUGGCCGGCGACAUGCGCCUGGUGGACGGCAGGUGGGUGAAGGCGAGCGAGGAGGAGAACGACGACAUGGACGCCUUCGGCGACGACGAAGAGCUCCAGAAGUGGGGCGAGACGGAUACCUACUUUGCCGAGCUGCCCAAGGAAUUCGACCUGGGCGAAGACACCCUCAAUCAGUGGCGGCGGCGUCAGGAGGAGCACCAGAAGGAGAUGGGCUGCUGGACGGCGCCCGAGAAGGACCCCAAGCGGUUCCUGCUCGACGGGCUGCGCCAGAUGUACAUCAUCCGGGUGGUGGACCAGGCCAACACCAAGGGCCGCGCGUGGCGGAAGGCCAACUCGUCGCCGGCCAAGUUCCCGGCGCCGGUCACCGUCGCCUCGGCCGUGCGCGUCGCCGCCCGACAGAACUCGGGCAUCCCCACCAAGCUGGACAAGUUCAAGGACGACAGCGACAGGUUCGACCAGGACCUCGAGUUCGACGACGGGAAGCAGCUCUCGCCGCGGCGCCGAGAGGCACGCACGGACGACAGUGAGGAGGACGGCUUUGGCGAGGUUUCGCCGCCGGCGUCGGACAGCGACCGCGAGGACUGGGGCGACGACUUUGACAGCCCGCUGGCCAACAAGAAGCUGGGCGCGCCAGCGAUGGCCGCCUCCCGAUCAUUCGAGGGCAUCGAGAUCGGCGACGACGACGAUGAAGACGAUGACGACGACGUCAUGGAGAUGGACGAUGACGCCGGCGUUGACGCUCGCCAAGCCAACCAGCCGCAGCUGGAGGGGGCCGAUGAUGAUGAGGACUGGGGGGACGACAAGGUCACCUCGCGACUGCCCGGCGUGAUGAGCAUCGGCGAUGACGAUGACGAGGGCGACGACGAAUUCGAGGAGCUCAACACGCAUAACAACAGCAGCAGCAAGCAGAAGGUGGGUGCCAACGCUGACGAUGACGACGACGACGAAGAUUGGGGCAUGGACGACGUGGACGAUGAUGACGGCGGAGACAAUGGCAAGGCGCCGGCGCUCAACAAGCCGCGGCAGGUGAAUCAGGUGGUGAAGAAGCUGCUGGGCGGCAUGGUGAUGACGGAUGACGCGGAGGAGGAAGACGACGACGACGAUCUUGUGAUCAGCGACGGCGAAGAUGAUGCGGCGGUCGCGAGGAACGGACAGUCGCGACCGCUGUCGCGGCAUCUCUCGGAGCCCUUCACCAACGACCACGAAGUCGAGGAUGACUUGAUGAUGCACAACGUGGGCGGGAUCAUCAACAGCGACGCCCGCAGGUUUCUCAACCGCAAAUGA